CAAAAUUUUGGGACCUCCGCGAAAAUAAACCCAAAAAAUCCGUGCCUCGUAAUAAAUUACAACCAAAAUCAAACAUUUUCCGUCCAAAUUAAGGAAAUUUUUAGCUAAAAAAAAGCGUAGUUUAAAAAUUUAGUAUCAAAAUCGAAUUCAAUACUUACAAGAACAAUCGUCAUCAAUUUUUACAAUAAUCAUUGUACAAUUCUAGAGUCAAGGUAGAAUGUGGAGUCCAACUCAUUUGGUUGUUACAGUUCUUAAAGCGAAAGGUCUUUUAAUUAAGGGUAAAAAUGGGACAAAUAAUUGUUUUGUGACAAUUGCCUUGGGCAAGGAGAAAUUUCAGACCACUGUGCAAGAAAAAGCCUUACAUGACGUCGAUUGGCACGAAGAAUGUGAGCUAACGAUUCCGUCACAAGGCAACAAAGCUGAAUUGAUUUUGACGGUGCUGCAUCGAAACAAGUUGGGUUUGGAUGAGUUCUUGGGUCAAGUUGCGUUGCCCUUAAAUGAAUUAGACGUUUACGAGACUCCCAAAUCGAAAUGGCUUCGUUUAGAGAGCAAAGCUGGCAAAGAAAACAAAAAAGAUCGCGGAGAAUUGGAAGUUCGUAUCUCUUUUACCGUGAAAGCGGGUUCUUUGAUGGACUUGAGCAAAGUUGGCAAGAACAAAUCAUCCACGAGUUUGGCGAAUAUCGGCGGAAGUUUGUUAAGUUUGAGCACGUUGGACAAACGGAAGAAGAUUAAGGACUUUACAAAGUCUCUCGGCGGCAAAAUUAACUUUAAACGUAAUUCUAAACACAAAUCCAGCAAUGAAAAUGUCUCAUCUGGAGGCGAUUCGAGGUCCCCAAGUCUUCAUAGUUACAAUCAUCACGAUCGAUCGGAUAUGCAUCACGAUCCCGGAGUCAUUAGCGAGAACGAAGACGAAUUUAUCUUUGAAACGUUGUCCCAAAAGGGCUCUACAAGUUCGCUGAGCUUCACAAAAGACAACAACAGCUUCAAUAAAUACCACAGCAAGCCAUCGACGCUUUCGCAACCACCGCCUGUCGAUGAAUGGCAACAAAAACUCACGGGAAAACGUUCGGAACUCGCGAAAACUCCCGAAACGGGAAGUCAAGUAUCGCUGCAAAAACCUGAACCAUCGCCAAGGAACACUUUAGACAUCAAACCGAGACCAAAAAGUCUCGAAGUCGAAGAAGAAGAGGAAGAUGUCCCCAUUUACGAAGCACCUCCAGUUGUCAAAGAAGAGCCUUCAGAAGUUCACGAGAAACCCGAGAAGAAAGCUUCUGUCUUUUCCAAAAUUGAACUAAGCGAAAAACCGGAGAAGAAAAAUUCAGUCUUUUCGAAAAUGGGAUUCACGAAUAAUAAUAAAAAUAAAAUUACGGAAGCGAAAAACGAGAAAAACCAUCGCGAGUCAGUUAUUCAAGUGAAGAAAACGAAUGUUUCUGAAGCAAUUAGCAAAAAAUACGAAGGUUUAACACGAGAGGAUUUGAUGUUGCAUGCGAAUAAAUUGGAAAAUGACUUGACAGGUCAUAAGCAGAAAAUUAAGGAAUUGGAAGAUUAUUUGGAUUUAUUGUUACUUCGAGUAAUGGAAAGAGAGCCACGUAUUUUACAAAAUCCUUAUGCGAGAACCAAUCCAACUAAGAGCUGCCAGAUCUUAAAAACUAUGAAUUUUUCCGACAUUCUUAAUCUAGCAAAUAGCAACACUCAAAAUGAUAAGAAGGAUGGAAACUUCUACAAGGCCAAAUUUACUGCCCCGAAAAAGGAAACGAAAGACAAAAAGCUCUCGGCAAACAUCCAAAAGUUCCUGCAAAAGCGAGAGCAGGAAGAAAUGAUAAAAGCCAAGGAAGCAGAGCAAAAACGUAAUGCCCUACUUGCGAUGCGCGACACCAAGGCAAAGAACAAAAUUCGCAAAAUGUUGAAAGUGAUCAAAUCAGCUGAUAAGUCUGUGAUUGAAGAUGCAAAAGCGGGAGAUGCACCUGCAGUAGCUGAACAACCAGAUGAGGAUGACUAUGGAUAUGUGAGUCACGAAGCGAAUGCCUAUUAUUCGAAGCUGAUGGAGAAAUAUGGCACAAAUACGCCCGAGGAGAAGAAACAACGAAGCAAUGGUGAUCAAAAAAAGUCCAAAUUUUCCAUCAAAGAAACGUUGGAACGAACAAAAUCUCAACUGAAUGCCGAAACAUCGCAAAAUGGAGGACAUCGACGUGCCCAUAAAGCACCCGAAAGAGCAUAUGUUGAACCCACAAACACUUCCAAGCCACAAACGAACGGCAGCAAUAAUUCAGCUGAAUCUCAAAAGCCCAAGGAGAAACCCAAACCAACUCACAAAGCACCUCCGCCACUCGCAUUUAGCGAAUUGCUUAAAAUCGCAGAGAAAAAACAACACGAACCCAUCAAAAUUAGCGUUCCCGUAGUGCCUAAACAGGAAGAGAGAUUAAUGUCGAGCAAAGAAAAAUUAGAACACGAAGAACGGAUGCGAUUCCUGCAAAAUCAAAAGAAACGAAGACUCGAAGCUGAACGAGGCUACAAAGCGAGCGAAUCUAAACCAAUUCCCAAAAUCAAUCAAAAUCAAACUCCUUCGAAAGAGAAGAAACCCGAAAUUGCAAAAAGUUCACAAAUUAAACCUUCAACUCCAAAAGCGAUGCCCAACAAACCUCAAGAGAAAUCGAAACCUGAAUUAGCGAAAAAACCUCAAAUGCAACAAAAACCUUCCUCUUCUUCGUCAUCAAUGUCAACUUCAAGUACAAGACCGAUCGAUAGACAUCAAAGACCUCCCAAUGGAAAAAUUAAGAAAGAUCCGCCGCCCAAAAGAAGAAUUUAUGACGAAGAUGACGAGUCAGAAUAUGAUUCGAUGGAUUCGUUCAUUGACGAUGAAGGCACAGAAGAUGUUUCCUCCUACAUUAAAGAGAUUUUCGGAUAUGAUAAGUCGAGAUAUCGAGAUGAUUACGACGACACAAGAGACAUGGAAUCCAGUUUUGCACAACAAAUGCGAGAAGAAUCGAUCAGUAAAAAAAUCGGAUUGAUGGAAGACUUGGAAGAUAUGAAGCAAGAAGAGCUGGCAAAGAAAAGAAAAAUGAUGAUGAAAAAACGUCAAAGAUUAUAAUGCUUAAUUCACGUUACGAAGGUGUUCCAAAAAUAUUUUUUCUUGAUU